CCACCGCUACAUAGCUCUGCAGCCAAACAGUGGCCUAAACCAAAGCAAAUCGUUUCUUCUUCCCAAUCAGAAAUUAUAUUAUCAGACAGUAGAACAACGCAACGCGUUUAUUUCAUCAUCGCGUCACGGCGUCACCGCCAGAUCCGCCACAUCUCGUCUUCUUCGUCGACUCUCUCUCGAUCAAUCGAUUUCCUCUCUUCUGUCUUUUUUUUUUUUUUUUUUCUUUCUGUCUGAAGAAUUGCUGUGUGAUGAUGAUUGGGCGAGUGCUCUCACAAACCCUAAGACUAAGUAUGGCCUCGUCGCCAUCGCUAAAUCCGACAGUCAUCCUCUACGCUAGUGGUAAAUCGGCGUCACUAUCCUCUUCAUUGGUUUUGUCGCAUCGCAUCCUGAGCCAGCGGAACCGGUCGAACCAGUCCGGGAAGGCGCAGCUAGUGGAGGUGGACCUGGAUUCGACCGACAGCCCCGCCGGCGGAGAAGUGGAGGUGGUGAGCGUUCGGAAGCUGGAGGAAGUCAUCCACAACAUUAUCGUCCGCCGAUCCGCCCCUGACUGGCUUCCCUUCCUCCCUGGCUCCUCCUACUGGGUUCCCCCACGCCCCCGGCGCGGGGCUCCUUCCGGCGGUGUCGUUGAAGUUGUGGGGAAGUACUUGACCAAGCCCUUGUCGGACGAGGAGAGGAGGGCUUUCUCGUCCCUCCGAGGUUGGCCCUCCUCGGCUUAUUUCAUUGAAGGUAGUGCACCCAUGCAUCCAGUUCCCAUGGAGUUGAAGGUGGAGGUGAAGAUUCAGAACAACUUGGAUAAUGCAUCUGAAUCUGAUGAUGAGGAAGGUUAAGGGGCAUCUCUUCGUGGAACUGCUUCAUAGGGCUUGCUCACCUUUGUACAUACCUGAACCAAAAAAUUCCCAAAAGCGGAGUGCUGUGUUAGAAAAAGGAUGCGAGCUAAUGGAUGUUUGUACAGAUGGAAGCUUAUGAAAUGCUGCAAGGGUGGUAGCUUCCUCUCUUCUGCUGCGGCGCUGCCUGACUUCACCAGCUCGACCAUAAAGCGUAGUACAUCUUUUGUUUUUAUGUAAAGCGUUUUAGGCUUUACAAGUUGUUAACAUCGUGCCAUAUAUGUUGGAUGGAUCUGAUAAUUUUCUUCAAUUUAUCAUGAUUGUGAUUAUAUUUU